AUGAAGGCCUUCUUCGCUAUUUCAGCAAGCACCCUGCUCGCCACCGUGCAUGGCCACGGCUACCUGACCGUGCCCGCCAGCCGCACCCGUCUGGGCUUCGAGGCCGGGAUUGAUACCUGCCCUGAAUGCUCGAUCCUCGAGCCCGUCGAUGCGUGGCCCAACGUGACAGAGGCGCAAGUCGGCCGCAGCGGCCCCUGCGGUUACAACGCCCGCGUCAGCGUCGACUACAACCAGCCCGGUGAUAACUGGGGCAACGAGCCCGUGGUCACCUACAAGGCCGGCGAUAUUGUCGAGGUGCAGUGGUGCGUCGAUAACAACGGCGACCACGGGGGCAUGUUCACGUACGGGAUCUGCCAGGACCAGGAACUGGUCGACAAGUUCCUGGACCCCGAUUACUUGCCCACCGAGGAGGAGAAGCAGGCAGCUGAAGACUGUUUUCUUCAGGGUGAGCUGAAGUGUGGAGACGUCGACGGGCAGGAGUGCGAGUAUAGCCCCGACUGCGGAGAGGGCGAGGCUUGCUACCGGAAUGACUGGUUCACGUGCAAUGCCUUCGAGGCGGAUAGCGAUAGAGGCUGUCAGGGGGUGGAUGGCGCGGAGCUGAACUCGUGCAAGACGACAAUUGCCGGAGGGUAUACGGUGACCAAGAAGAUCAAGAUCCCAGACUAUACGUCGGAACAUACGCUGCUGCGGUUCAGGUGGAACUCGUUCCAGACGCCGCAGAUUUAUUUGCACUGUGCGGAUCCCACUAUUGAAGGUGGAAUGGAGGUGCGAAUGCGGAUGAUAGUGAUGCAUGGGUCUUUCGGAGUUGAUACGCAGCAUUCCUUUGGCCAUUCCUUUGGCUUCCAGGGGGAGGGCGUUUAUCGCGCCUAUAGGUACAUCAGAGGCGUUGCAAUUAUACAAAUGAACCUGAAUAUCAAUGCCAGCCUCCUUCCUCAGCCCACCCUACCUAUCCGAGGGUGGAGUACACGAAACAUCCAGCAUACUUGA